AUGAACUAUCUGAAAGCGACAGUUUAGUACAGUUUAGUACAGCAACAGUGAGGAGACAGACUAAACAUACAGAUUAAAAAACGUUUCCAGAUCUAGCAGAAGCGCUGUAGGCUUUAUUAGUAAACCUGUUCAUCUUUAUGGGACUUCAUUGCAGUUCUGGGAGGAUGUUGUAUAAAACUGUUCUUAUCCUGGCAGCCGUGCAUGCGGCUUCGUCCGCGGUUUAUAACGGCAGCGCCAUCGUUAGGACCUUUGCCAGGCGAUUAGUCACGGAAUGGCCCCUGGUCACAGACGAGCCUAUAGAUCUGGACCUGCUGGACUACUACCCAAACGAAGACAGAAAUGGGCCCGGAGGCAGACUCAACCAUGGAUCCGCACCGGGACAGAGAGAUGGGUUUAUUAACGGGUCCAGACUGGGACAGGUGGAACUGGGCUCGGUCAGGAAUGUUACAGGAGUCUGGUCUUACGCUAUUUCUGUUACGGCCAACGACUUCCUCACAGGCCGUCUGUCCACCAUCUUCAUCCCGACGCUUUACACCGUCGUCUUCCUCAUCAGCGUGCCCCUCAACACUGUCGCCAUGGUGACCUUUGCCCGACAGAUCCGUCCCAUGAAGCCGGCGGUUAUCUACAUGCUGAACCUGGCGGCCGCUGACCUCCUGUUCGCCCUAUUGCUGCCCUUCAAGAUCGCCUACCACUACAGUGGCAAUGACUGGGGCUUCGGCGAGGGGAUGUGCCGCCUGGUCACCGCCGCCUUCUACUGCAACAUGUACUCCUCCGUCCUCCUUAUGACCUGUAUCAGCUUGGACCGCCUGCUGGCCGUGGCCUACCCCAUCAACUCCCUGGCCUGGAGGAGUCCAUGUAACGCAGCCCUGGCCUGCAGCUCCAUGUGGGUCCUGGCUGUGGGUGGCUCGCUGCCCCUGGUCCUCUCGCGGCAGACGGUCUACUACGACCCACUUGGCAUAACCACCUGCCAUGACAUCCAGGACCUGAAGCUGUUAGAGGGGCGCUACCUCUUAUUCUUCCCCAUUCUCUCCUGCACCCUCUACUUCCUGCCGCUGUUCGUCACGGUGACCUGCUACUCCCGGGUGGUGCAAGUGCUCAACAGGGCUCCACACGGCGUCAUAGGUCGUUCAAGGCAGAAGGCACGGGCAGUGGUGAUGGUGGUCAUCGUGCUGGUGGUGUUUGUGAUCUGUUUCACGCCCACCAACGCCAUCCUUCUGGCUCACUACCUCCAGAUUGGUGGGCGGGUGGCGGGGGAGCCGGACGCCACUCACGUGGCCUACCUGGUGUCUCUGUGUGUGGGGAGCAUAAGCUGCUGCCUGGAUCCCCUGGUCUACUACUUUGGCUCGUCCCGGUGCCAGAGGCAGCUUGCGGAGGCUCUGAGGUGCCGGGCGGCCGCAGAGGGAGGGAAGAAUCUGGCCUCAUCCUCUGGUUCUUCCAGCACCAGCACCAGCACAAGGAUAAGUAAGGUGGAUGCCUUCCAGGCCAGCCUCAGCAGCCAGUACAAGAAACUCCUGGUCUGAUGGAUGGAGACACAGAGAGCUGUUUCUGAUUCAUUUACUAAAGUGAAGAAUAUAUAUUUCAUUGACUGAAGUGAAGAUGAUAUAUUUAGUAUGUACACUGAGUAUACCAAACAUUUGGGAACACCUUCCUAAUAUUGAGUUGCAAUCCCACCCAUUUAGAACAGCCUUAAUUCAUAGGUGUCGACUCCAAUGCUUCCCACAGUUGUGUCAAGUUGGCUGGAUGUCCUUUGGGUGGCGGGCCAUUCUUGAUACACACAGGAAACGGUUGAGCAUGAACAAAUCCAGCAGCAUUGCAGUUCCUAACACAAACCGGUGCGCCUGGCACCUACUACCAUACAUACCCUGUUCAAAGGCACUUCAAUCGUUUGUCUUGCCCAUUCCUCUGAAAGGCACACAGACACCGUCCAUCUUUUAAUUGUCUCAAGGCUUUGCCUGUCUCCUCCCCUUCAUCUACACUGAUUGAAGUGGAUUUAACAAGUGACAUUAAUAAGGGAUCAUUGCUUUCACCUGGUCAGUCAAUGUCAUGGAAAGAGCAGGGGUUCUUAAUGUUUUGUACACUCAGUGUAUUUCCCCUUUUUCAGACAGUGUAUAUAUGGUCUUAAAGAUAGCCAUGGAGCAAGCUAGGUUUUUUUCUGAGGAGACGGAAUGGAUUUGGGUUCGUACGUUGAAUUCAGUCAGACAUUCAUCUGUAGCCUGUGACUCCUGGGCCUGGUUUAGCUAUGCCCAACUAUAUGAAGAAGAUACAUUUUUUUAACCGUUUAUUUAACUAGGCAAGUCAGUUAAGAACAAAUUCUUAUUUACAAGGACGGCCUACCCCGGCCCAACCAGUGCAAGAAGCUGCUGGUCUGAUUGAUAUGGAUCAAAGCUGUUUCUGACCCAACCACCAAGAAGAUACAUUAGGGUGGGAGAAAAAUGAACAUUUCCAUGUAUAAAAAUGUAAUGUAUGAUAAUCUUUAAAUUUGUAUCUUAAAUAUAUAUAUUUCCCGUUGAAGUUGCUAUUCUUGAAGUAGGUUUAUGGUCCCCAAAGCAGUGUCUAGGAAGUUUGAUGGUUUGUGAUAAGGGAAUUACAAAAGGGUCUUUGUUCAAUCAUGUAUUGUACUAUUUCUUAAAAGAGCACUGUGGACAAUACAAGGAAAUGCUGUUUUACGCAGGUUUGGUGAGCUCACGUCCAUGCCUGUAGUGUAGGAUCUGUUUCUGUUAACAUUUACCAUUUUUUCUAUGUACAAAUAUUUACUCUGCAAUGUGAAAUGUAUAGCCUAUGUUGUCAGUGUUGCAUAGAAAUACCAUUGCACUAUAUAUUAUAUCGCUACAAUAACUUUA